CCAUUAAUCGUAAGAUACAGAAUCGAGAACUAUUUAAUGGAUCCGACUAUCGGUUGGUAUCAACCGGAGCAGUUCGGCCCCGCUAAGGAUUUGUGGUUACACAUUUGGGAAGCUGAGAAAGGCCUGGAUAUCUUAACGCUGAAGAACGACUCCUCUUCGAAUGUGAUGGGUGUGAAGCUUCAGCAAGAUUUCAUAUGCUUGGAUUCUCUUAAUUCUCGUGCAGGGGAUCGCAUACAACAUAAUACUUGCGGCACCUAUUACAAUCCGUCGCGCAGGAAAGGUGAUAAUCGUGCUAGUACCUACGGCAUGAACUACAAUUACGAUGCCUUAGUUGGCGAAUACGGCGGCUGUCCGUGGCGGAUACGCAAUAAACAUUACUCAAAAGGAGUUAUCGGGUUACAUGAAGAAAUUGAAGAUUUUUUUGCUUAUAUGUGCCCCUCUAAUGAAGAACAUAGUUUACGAAUGCGUGUUGUCAAAAGGAUAGAACAAGUAAUAUAUGAUCUCUGGCCAGUUUCUAAGGUUGAAGUAUUUGGCAGCUUUCGCACUGGUUUAUAUUUACCUACAAGUGAUAUAGAUUUAGUAGUAAUAGGAAUGUGGACAGAUCUUCCAUUGCGUACUUUGGAACGUGCUUUAUUGGAUCAGAAUAUUGCUGAACCAUCCUCUAUUAAAGUUUUGGAUAAAGCUAGUGUUCCAAUUGUUAAGUUGACUGAUAAGGAAACUGAAAUUAAAGUAGAUAUCAGUUUUAAUAUGAAUAAUGGUGUUAAAUCUGCAGAAUUGAUAAAUUCUUUUAAGAAGCGGUAUCCAGUAUUGGAAAAAUUAGUUAUGGUAUUAAAGCAAUUCUUGUUACAAAGAGACCUGAAUGAAGUGUUUACUGGUGGAAUCUCCUCAUACAGCUUAAUACUCAUGACUAUCAGUUUUUUACAGUUACAUCCCAGGCAAAAUGCUUAUUGCUCGAAUGCUAAUCUUGGAGUGCUAUUAAUAGAAUUUUUGGAAUUAUACGGUAGGAAAUUUAAUUAUGUUAAAACAGGAAUUCGUGUAAAAGAUGGUGGUACUUACAUAUCGAAAGAAGAGGUUCAAAGAGAUAUGAUAGAUGGCCAUCGACCUUCGUUACUAUGCAUAGAAGAUCCUCUGACACCAGGAAAUGAUAUUGGUCGUAGUAGUUAUGGUGCUCUGUAUGUAAAAGAUGCAUUUGAUUGGGCUUAUUACGUCCUUUCACAAGCAGUUAGUCCCUUAAAUAUUUUAGUUAAUGAUGCAAAUAAAGUGAGUAUACUAGGAAGAAUAAUUCGCGUGACAGAUGAGGUAAUAGAAUACCGCAAAUGGAUUAAAGAAACAUUCCCGCUACCUUUGAAUGAGGUAGAUUCGUUGUCAAGUUCAACUGGAUCUGAUGCAUCAACACUUUCUGCUCCAGCUAGUGAUACGGAUUCCGAAUGUAGUCGUGGAAAUUCUCCGAACACUAGUGGAAAAGGAGAAGACAGGAAUAAGGAAAGACAUGUAUAUAAUAAUCAACAUACUCACCAUCAUUCACAAUGGAAAAAACCAUUUAAAGGAACUGCUCAUGGUAAUCACCACCACAGUUCUAGAGGAAAUUAUCAUCAUCGAGGAAUAAACAAUAAUAUAAGUGGACAGAGUAAAGCAAAACACUCUCUUCACAGUAAUGGAAGUAAUAAUAAUAGUCACAGUCCAAGUUCAAGGUCACAAACCGUCAAACGAAAAAAACAGUGCAUUACACCUCGUGGUACUGGAGAUUGUGUACGGUGAUGAAACGUGAAAAAUAAUGUUGAACUUUGUCUCACACUUAAGUAGAGAGCUCAAUAUCAUAAUCGUGUGGUGAAAAGACAUUGAUUAACUUUCAUCACGCAACUAAAUUAUCCUUUCCACUUUAGUGUACAGAGGGGCUCAGUGUCUAUAAUGAUGUGGAGUUGACAAACUCUGUGUUUCUCUUUUCUUAUAUGGACAAAAAAGUGGCCCCAGUGUAGUUAAGUUCUUCAUUUC